UAGUAAUAGCAUGGAAGAAAUUAGAAAUUUUGUGGCGCAGUGCCAAUCAAGAAUUUACAAUAAAUAUAAUAAACGUGAGACCUUGUUUUUCAAUGGAUGUUUACGAUAGAAGAACCGGAAAUAGGCUCGACUUUUACACAAGUUCCUUGGGAAGUUCACCGUCCCAAUGCUAUACUUCAAGAACUUUAUUGGGCAGAUUACAGGCUUGACAAGACACGUCCCGGAUAUCUAAGAUACUAUAAUGUCGGUGAUAGGCAUGCAAAGGGAGUUUCCUGUUUUGCGCCGAAUGAAGGUAUCAGUGAAGAAAAUACUCCCUGUUACUUCCUUCCUCGAGGAACGUCUCUUCCUGAGGGAUUGGCUCUUUUUUACACUCAUAAAAUGAAGCUUCGAUUUCCCCCUGAUUUUCAAGGAGCAUUGCACUUCGUUAUUGCGCCUACGAUACCUAUGACAAAUGAAAAUUACGAACAAUUAAUAAGAAAUUUAGAUUGGAAGUCAUGUACUCUUAGAGCCUCCGCGGAGAGGAUGAAUGAGCUGAUUUCUUUUGGUAACGAUUUAUAUGGUGUAGAAGAUUUCCGAAUGAAAAAGCUAUAUUGGCUUAUGGAAAUUUGGCAUGCACAGACAUCGUAUGCCAUGGACCGUUUUCAUGCAAAUGACAUUCAUACAUGGAUCGCAUUGAAUAAACCAUCUUUUGAAGAUCUUAUUCAGUAUGAGUCUCGUGCUUACAUAGUGUUUUCUGCCCUCGCUCAAAUGAACGUUAAUACUCCAGCAUCGCAAAUAACAGAAUCGAAGUAUUUGGGUGACAUUUUGGGUGAAUUAGAAGAUGCUUUUGGAUGGAAAAGCACAGAGUUGUAUGAAUUAGGAAGAUCAAGAAAGAAUAAAAAGGAUGAUUUCUCUGGAGAUAUAGUUUUUGCUUUGGUUCUUUCCAUGAUUGGAUUCAUUCUGAUUCAAAUUUUCUUUUUUUAAUUAAUGAUAUUGGAAAUUUUUUUAACGAAACCAUCGAAUUAGUAGAAGCUGCUGAACACAAUAAACGAACUUGUGAAAUAUUUAAAAAAAAAAAAGAAUUCGUGCUGCAUAAUAAUCAGCACGAGAUUUUAGAGAAAAAAGAAAGAUAGCGAAGAAUUUUUUUUUUAUUAAAACAAAUUAUAUACGUUUAUAAAAUUAUUCGAUAUUAUAACACGAAUUAAAAAAUUUAUAUUGGAAAUUUCUCAAAAGAA